UUUUGACUUUGGGAAGAAGGGGCAGCGACACCGCUCACACGAGGCCACGAUCGAUGAUGCGGCGAGGCGUCGCGUUGCUCCUCGUCGCAGCGGCGGGGCUGACGCUCGCCACAGACGAUUUCAUGAACAAGCAGAAGCAGCCACAGCAGCAACAGCAGGCUGGAGAGGGGCAGCAGGUGGAUCAGAGGCGUCUGCAGGAGAUCAACGCCAGCCGGGCAGUAGAGGAGAGGAAAAACCGAACGGCCAUGUACAAGUAAGCAGCUCGGCUCACCAGGCAGACACCGGAACUUAACUCGCUGUCAUUGUGGCGUUGAUGCUUAUGCAGGUUCAUGCAGAAUACGAUGCCCCUUGAGGAUAGGAAGAAGACACUCGGCCUUAUUAUGACGUGAGAUCGAUGCACGAGGGAGGGAGGGAGGGAGGGAGGGUCUUCACUCACUCACUCGCUCGCCUCCCUCGGCGUGUGCGUGCAUUGCUUGUUGUGUGGGUGCGGUGCAGUGACUCGGCGCUGCGGACGCCUCAAGAGAAGGUGACCGACCUGCUGGAUCCUAUAAAUCUGGCUCCGACCGAUGUCAAGUUCCUUGAGGACUUCUAUGCCCUCAUCGACGGCACGUACAAGGACGACGAGCUCAUCUUCGGUCCGCCACACGCCGCACGCCACACACAAACCGGCACCUGCACACACGAGGACAAGCCAUCACGCGCGUGUGUGUGUCUGCGACUGCUUGCAGGUCUGUUGCCAAAAGGAUUCUUCAAGGGUUUGCCCGGGUUUGUUUUGGGCCUUCCUGCUGCCUUAGUUGACGCGAUACCCGUGCUCGAGGCCAUCGAAAAUCCCCCAUACCCCGGCUUCAUCACCAUCUCGACAGAAGAGCAGUGCCUGACUGAGAAGGAGGGCACCACGGAGCUUGUGGGGUACGACCUGAAGCUCAACGAGUGCUUCCUCAAGUGUCAGCUCCGGUCUGGCUGCACGGGCAUCACAUACGAGCAGACAGACGAGGACGGUCAGUGUGCACACACGAGUGAGAGACGUGUCUGUCCAGUGAGUGAGUGUAUGUGGAUGUGGCGCUCUCGUCGCUUGGCCUGUGUGUCUGCAGGGGUGGCGAUUGAGCAGUGUUAUGUCCACACCAGCAAGGUCACCGGAUCUGAUCCCGUGACGUGCUUCGAGAGGAUUUUCUUUGACGGCGACACAGAGACGGGCUUCAACGAGACGUUCGUUGAGACCGGCCAGGGCAAGUGCCGGCUGUCAGACGGAACAGACUCAUCGGCACCCAAGCCACCCAAAUUCAGUCAGUAUUCCACCGCCCGACACCAACACAGCCUGUGCACACUUCGGUGUGGGUCUUUUCUGUGUGCUGGCUGGUUUGAAUGAACAGUUGAAGAGUCGGUCGAGGUUGAGGACAUUAUUGCGUGUGCGGAGCUCUGUGUGGAGGCGGGCGAGAACUGCCAGGGCAUUGAGUUCCUCGGCGAGGUCGAACUCGAUGAGGACGAAAAUGCCAGCAGUGGCGCCGGCAGAUGCAGUAAGUGCACUCACUGCACACCACGGGGUGUGCAGGCCAGGCCAGUCAGAGAAAUCAAGCAAGGAAGGAACAAGCCGACAGACAGAUGGACGCUAGCUACUAAUGCUGGAAUCUUCUGUGUCUGUCUGUCUGGCUGUCUGUCUGUGUAUCUCUGCCUAAGUCCUUCAAAGCCACGGGCCGCCCAGCCGCUUUGCCGUCCCGCAAUGCUACGUCAACGUAAGAAAGAGAAACACCGGCAGCCCAGCCCGUGUGUGUCACUCACUUCCGUCCGUUGGUUGUGUCUGCCUGGUUGCAGCUGCCCACGGGCCUAUUCGGCCUCGGCAAGCUGGGCCUCGAUUAUGUCUGAGCCAUCCCAGCAGCUCAACAACGCCCUCUACAAUGC